AUUUCUUUUGGAUUAACUACUUAUAUCAAUUCACAGCCUACAAAAACAAAUUAAAUUAAAAUUAGUUGGACACUCUAUUUAUACAUUGUGAUUAUAUAUCAAAUAUGUAUUUCAUAAGAUUAAAUUCGAUAAUGUCACCGCAAAAAAAAAACAUCCUAUCAGCAAAAUGCUAUUAGUAGCUGCGUUUCAACAACAAUUCCAAUACAAGUCCCAUCACUUUUAGUUAUAAAAUCGAUUAAAAACAAGUCAGAAUCGCUUCGCGUUAUUACUGUAACAAACCUGAUUCACUUAUGCAAUAAUAUGCGACAAUAAAUAAUCAGUUUUGGUUCUAUUUUGGUACUAAAAUGUCGUACUCUUUAACGCUUGAACGUUUAUCGGGCAAAGUAGCCGUAGUUACAGGUGCCAGUGCCGGCAUUGGAAAAGCUACAGUGGAACUUUUAGUGAAACAAGGUCUAAUAGUGGCAGGAAUAGCACGUAGAGUUACCCGCAUAGAAGAGCACGCUCAAAAACUCAAUGGAGAAAAAGGCACCCUUCAUCCUUAUCAAUGUGAUUUGACCCAGCAAGAUCAAAUUAUAUCAACCUUUGAAAAAAUCGCUUCAGAACUUGGAUCAAUUCAUGUGUUGAUUAACAACGCUGGUAUGCUUUUUCCAUCAAACAUCAUCGAUGGUGAUAUUGAGAAGUGGAAGCCAGUUUUGGACACCAACGUCCUUGCUGUAGCAAUUUGCAUCAGACAAGCUGUAGCCGACAUGAAGAAGCACAACACCAAAGGGCACAUAAUAAAUAUGAACAGCUUUGCAGGGCAUCAAGUUAUAGAUCACCCUUUGUUGAGUUUGUAUCCAGCCUCCAAGCACGCACUAACAGCAUUAACCGAAACUGUAAGGUUGGAAAUCAACAGGGAAAAAUUGCCAAUUAAGAUUACAAGUUUGAGUCCUGGGGCUGUUGAAACUGAAUUUGUUGACGCGGCGUUUGGUCCGCAACCUAAGGCGGAUUCGAAUCGGAAAGUAAUGCAAUCGGAAGAUAUUGCCGAUGCUAUUUUGUAUAUUUUGGCAACGCCUGAUCAUGUUAAUGUUAAGGAAUUGAUUGUAGUACCUCAAGGUGAAUCAUUCUAAAAAGAUUAAUAAAAAGUUGUAUAUUGUA